AUGUCUGUUAUGACUAAAUGCUGCGCUUUCGUGAAAUUCAGUUCACAUCAAGAGGCGCAGACAGCGAUAAGUACGCUCCACGGCAGUCAAACUAUGCCGGGAGCGUCCUCGAGCCUGGUGGUAAAGUUCGCAGACACCGAGAAGGAGCGCCAGCUGCGACGCAUGCAGCAGAUGGCCGGAAACAUGUCUUUGCUCAACCCCUUCGUCUUCAACCAGUUCGGAGCCUACGGCGCCUAUGCGCAGGUGAUGCAGCAGCAGGCGGCGCUGAUGGCGGCGGCGACGGCGCAGGGUUCCUACAUCAGCCCCAUGGCGGCGCUGGCGGCGCAGAUCCCCCACCACCCCAGCCUCAACGGCAUCGCCAAUCCUUCAACCCUGCCGUCGCCCACGAUGCCCAACUUCAGCAUGGCGCAAACGCCCAACGGGCAGCACGCCGCCUCCGACGCCGCUGCCGUCUACACCAACGGCAUCCCGCAAACCUACCCCGCGCCACAGGGCCUGGUGAACGGUGAGGCGGCAGCCCUGCAGCAUGCGGCAGCGGCCGCAGCCGGAUACCCGGGUAUGCAGCCCUACCCCGGUGUCGCCUACCCUGCUGCCGCUGUGUACGGACAGUUCGCCCAGGCUAUCCCCCCUCCGAUGCACAACGUGCCCCCUGCACACAGGGAAGGCUGUUCCAUUUCCGGUCCAGAAGGCUGCAAUCUUUUCAUCUACCACUUACCUCAAGAGUUCGGCGAUGCCGAGCUGAUGCAAAUGUUCCUGCCAUUUGGAAAUGUCAUCAGCUCCAAAGUGUUCAUUGACCGAGCCACUAACCAGAGCAAAUGUUUUGGUUUCGUGUCCUUUGACAACCCCGCCAGUGCGCAGGCAGCCAUCCAAGCAAUGAAUGGUUUCCAGAUAGGCAUGAAGAGGCUGAAAGUUCAACUAAAAAGGCCGAAGGAUGCAAAUCGCCCAUACUAA